AGUCACCUUUGACUUAGAAGUCUGUUUAGGAGAGGCAGGGGCAAUAAUAGAUGUUAGUCAUAGACUUGAUAGAUUAUAAUACCGCUUAGAGGCUGUAGAACUGUAACAUCCUGUUCAGGAGUCAAGCACACCAAGAAUUUUAAUUUGAUUGAUCACAGUCUGAAAAGGCAAAGGACCAGUGUUGGAUCUAGGGCUGGGUCUGAAAGUUAAGUAGUAGGAUGUCCAAGUCAGUUCUGUUUGUGUGCUUUGGAAAUCACUGCAGAUCAACAAUGGCAGAAGCUAUUUUCCUUGAUCUCAUCAGAAAGUCAGGAGAGGAAUAUCAGUGGAAAGUGGACAGUGCAGGUCUCGGGACCUGGCACUUAGGGAAAACUCCAGAACCUCGGACACUUCAAGUCCUGGCUCAAAGAGGUAUCGUUGGUUAUACCCACAUCGCUCGUUUGAUCACAGGUGAAGACUAUUUUAAUUUCCAGUACAUUCUAGGCAUGGAUGACUAUAACCUGAGAAUGCUUCGAGAAUUUAAGCCAGGGAUGAGUGAAGCGACGAUUAAAGUUCUAGGUGACUACGACCCUCAGGGAGAGAGAGUUAUUUUUGAUCCAUACUUUAGCAACAACAUUGAAGCAUAUGAGGAGGUGUACAGACAAUGUCUACGAUGCUGCAAGUCAUUUCUACGAGAAGUCUCAACUUCAUAACUAAUAGAAUGUGAUGAAUACUUCUGUUGCUUUACUUAGUUUUACUCACUUGUGACUUCUUACACAUGUUCAUUUUAUAUAUGUUAUGUGAAUGAUGAUUGAAAAGAGUUUAUC